AUGGAAGGCGAACACGCGCCUCCAGCGCCGCCCAGCUUGAAACGGCCGAAUCGAACCGCCGUUGGCUUGGCUGACAUUACACCGCCCACUCCACCGACAAACCAUCCCACCGAGCCGUUUGCCACACCUCAAACUCCAACAACCUCAAAGUUACUGAAUGUAUCACAAAUGGUGCGCCAACAGUCGGAUACUACGGCGAAUCGACGUCUCACAAGAGCGGCCGCGAUUUGUGAAGAUGAACCUCGACCUCAGACUAGUGCCAAUUCUAAUCAGGUGGGAAUUUUUUUUUGUUUUGGAGUGUUUAGACUUAGAAAUGUGUGAGGAAACUAGAAUUUUUUUUUUUUGGGUUUACCAUACCCUAUCCUUUCUUACUCUACCCUACUCUAUCCUACACUACUUUUUUCUACCCUGCCUUGCCCUACCCUACCCUACUCUAACCUACCGUACCCUACCCUGCCCUACCCUAUCCUUGCAUUACUCUUACCUUACCCUGCCCUUACUUUCACCAUGCUUUAUCCUACCCUUACUGUACACAUACCUUACCCUACCCUAGCUUUCCUUAGGCCCUACCCUUGCCUUAGUUAUGUUUUAUGCUUGUCUUACCCAUGCUUUGUCCUAUUUUUUUCUUUCUUACGCUACCCUACCCGUCUCUUAACCGCGUCUUACUCUACCCGUGUCUUCUUUACCGUUCACCCUAACCUUAUCAUUUUCAUUGUGGGUUUGCCUUAAUUGUAGUUUAGCCUACCCAUCCUGCUCUACUUUACCCUUGUCUUUUACUUAUUUUACCCUGCCUUUACCUUAUCAUGCUUUAUCAUAUCCUUGCUGUACUCAUGCCUUACGCUACCCUUGCUUUCCUCGGGCUCUACCUGCCUUUGUCUUGCUCAUGCUCUACCCUAAACUUGCUUUAUUCUUGCCUUACUCUACCCUUGCCUUCCUAAUGUUUGACCCCAUCCUUGUCUUACUCAUGUUCUAAUCUACCUUGCUUUCCUUAGGCCUUACCUACCUUAGCCUUGUUCAUACUUUACCCUAAACUUGCUUUAUUCUUGCCUUAACCUACCUUAAUUUUUCCUCAUGCCUGACCCUACCCUUAUCUCACUCAUGCCUUAUGCCAACCACGUGUCGGUACCAUCAAAAAACCCCUGAGGCCAUUAAGCUCAAUCAGCCAAAUGGAAGAACAUAAAGUCGUAAAACGGGGAAAAAGCGGCUCAUUACCAUCGGCCGCCAAACAAAACUGAUUUUUUGAAAUUGGAAAAAGUAAAAAAAAAGUUUGCUCCAAAAUUCGAAAAAAGAUGGUUUGAUUUUUUCCGGCCUGAGGGGCGAAAAGCAAAUGCCCGGUCAAAAGGUGGGAGGUUGUUUCUCGAAACAAGGCCCAAUUUAAUUUAUAAUGACCGAUCUGGAAUUCGCUAUGUUUGACUUUCGCAAAUCCCGUUAUUGAUCGCAGAGCCCGGAAACUCGUGUUUUUUCACGGUUUUGCAGGUUUAUCAGUGUGAUCGAGGUGUUGUGUUUUCGAAAUUCUAGAAGUACUUUUUAGAGUUUGAAUUAGAGGAUACAAACUUUUACAAUGAUUUUAAAACGUCAAUGUCUAGGGCAAAGGGGUAAGGCAAGACAAGGGCUAGGGCAGAAAAAAGCGAGAACUAGGAAUUGGGCUUUAUCUAGAGCUAGGGCAAGCAAAAAAAUUUAAGCUAAGGAGGGCAGGGUAGGGUAGGACAAAGUAGAAUAGAAUAUGGUAAGGAAGGGUAGGAUGGAGUAAAAAAGUUCAUGCAAAAAAAUUUUGUUCAGUUUAAGAGGGUUAAUUUGGUAUUAUACAAGGGAGAGGGGGCGGAGGGUAAAAUUAAAAACUAAUUAAAAAAAAAAGUUUUUUUUUUCAUUUUUUUCACGACUUUACCUUACUUUUUGUGAUAGAUUUAGACAUGAAGAACGGGCUGGGCCAGGCCCAAUUUUCAGGCCCGGCCCGAAUUUUUUUUACGUGGAAACGGGCAGGGCUGGUCCGGACCGUUCUUCAUGUCUAGAUAGAUCCUCUCCAGGAACAGCGCUAGGGGUAUGAGGGUCUAUGAAUGGGGUGGAUUCAUUCCGUCCCCCCCCAUUCCCUUAUGAAAGCCGUAUUUAAAAAAUCGAAAAAAGUUUUUUUAAAAUGAGUACACCUGUAGACAAAAAAAAAAGGAUUUUAUUUUUUAUUAAAAAAUGAUUUUUGGUGUCCAUUAACCUUUGUUUUUCAAUUGCCACGGUUUAUAACCUGAAAGCCUAGAAUUUAUUUUUGGAACUCGUAGCAGAUUGUUCCUCAAUAAAUCAUAGGAUUGGGAUAUCAAGGCGUCGUAAUGUAUUUUGCAUGCAUUUGAAAGAUAUUACCAUUAAUCAUCGAAAUUCAUGGUAAAUACUGCUGUUUUGUGAGUUAUGCCGGUGGCUUGCGACCUGGUUUUGUUCUAUUUGGAGUUGUUUUUUGAAGGUAAUGGUUUGGCUAGGUUUAAGACAGAUAUAUGUAGAUAGGUUUAGGUUAAUAGGGUCAGGUAGAUUGAGGUUCAAUUUACAAAGGGCUUUAGGCAUGGCUUUGGCUUGAUUGAUAGUUUUUAGUUUGCAAGAGUUAAUGAGAUUGAGAUUUAGUUCACAAGGCACUUCUAGGCUUGGCUUCUGCCGUAGCCAGUGUUUUGCCGGACCAGGCUGGUCCGCGGACGGACCCAAUAAAAAUUUUUGCGGACCGGACCCAAAAAAUACCUUCGAACCUGCCACAAAAAUUUUUUUUUCCGAAUUGGACCGUACUAGACCCAAAAGUUUUUGGUUUGGACCGGACCCAAAAAUAGCUGGACCGGACUGGUGACAAACGCUGCAAACCGGUCCCGGCAAAACAUUGGCCGUAGCUUGCCCCAGCUCGCGUAUAGCCAAGCUGAAAAGUUUGAAAAAGGUCAGGCCGGAUCGGCACACGUGUGACUAGGAGCCGGGUCUUAAAUCAUGGCUCGGCCCGUGGAUAGGCCCUAAAAAUCGGGUUUGGCUUUUUGAUAGUGUUGACUAGUGCAGUAGGUAUAACCAGAAGUAGCGGGACACUUUUUAAUGGAAAAAUAGAUGAAAGCUGUCCUGCUACUUUUGGUUGAACAUAAUAUUAGGUUUUCGACAUAAAGAACCCGCCGUACUUUUAUCUUAGGCUUAGGCUUGUAAUUUCUUGUAAAAAAUGGCGGGUUCUUUAUGUCGGCGUCUAAUAUAUACUUGUCUUAUCUUCUACCGUGAAUGUCACAUUAGCCUUAAACUAAUAGGAAGGGUAAGAUAAGGUAAAAACUGGCUGUAUUCGUCUAUAAAAGGUUAUAUAUCUACCACUGUCCACCCCUAUUGGCUUCAUAAAGGUUACAUGUCAACCACUAUCCCUUACCUUUCCUCACUCAACGUUUCGCCCCGUCUACAAAGGUUGGCUCUCUACCCACAGCGCAUUAUUUAUGUCUCCGGCACAUUAUCCAUCCGCACCUACUCAACAACCUUUGGCGCAUCACUUUCACGCCCCAAACUGAUAUGGUCGUAGCGGGGGCGCCGGUUCGUUCGAGUGGAGUCGAAAAGCCCGGUUCGAGUUAUUUGCGGGCGAAUGUUAGGUUUCGGCAAGGAUGGAGAUGAGUACCGGGUUUUCCCCCCUCCUUCGCCCCUCUUUUUCGGGUCUUCAAGAGGUCUUCAGGGACCGUUUAAAGACGCCUCAAACGCCACCACAUCCCGAGAAGCCGAUGAAGCCUGCGGGAGGCUUCGGUUGCACUGUUUGCCGAAACCUGAAACCGCUGCUACAGUUUCCACGAAGCAAAGAAGGUUUUCUUUGUGGUGGAGGGGGAGGCGCGAGCUUCUGAAGCGUGGCGGAUUGUUUUUUUUUGUUUUUGAUGGUUUGAGAUGUUUCUCAGGGUUUGCGGUCGGUUUUUUUAUUAGGUUUUGGUCGGUUUUUAUCAGGGUUGUCGGUCGGUUUUAUCCGUGUUUGCGUUACUGAUUGAUGUAUAGGCAAGGUAAGGCAAAGCUUAGGGUACGAACAAAAGAACGAGAGCUUGGACUUGAUUAAAAGCCAGGGCAAGCAAAGGGCUAGAGUGGAGUAGGGUAGGAUAGGGCAGGGUAUGAGUAGAGGUCAAGGAAUCAUGAUAAGGUGAGACAAUUACUGUAGAACGAUUAGGGUAAAAUAAUGUAAAUCAGGGUAAGUAAAGUCAAUUGAGAGCAGGUCAAGGGUAUGGGUAGGGUAUAUUAGGGCAGGAUACGCUAUGACAUGGUAAAAUGAGGCAGGUUAGGAUAGAUUAGGACACGGUAGGUAAAGUAAACUAGAGCAGGGUGAGGAUAUUGAUAAGGUAGGGUAAAGUAGGGUAGAGUAGGAUAAGGUAGGGUAGGGUAAGUAGGGUAGGGUAGGGUAGGGUAAAUUAGGGUAGGAUAGGGUAGGGUAGGCUACUCUAGGCUGGGCUAAAGUAGAGUAGGGUAUGAAUCAUUUGUGCUCAACCCCAUGAUGACAGUCAGAAGCCACCCCCAAGUGGACGACGUCAGUCGACGUCAAAUCGACCUAUUGUAGAGUCACACAUUGUCCUCGAGUUUGCUUGUAAUAGAUAAUUUAUUCAUACUUUGUUCCAAACGGUCGGUAGCUUAGGGAACUCAUAAACCGCUUGUUUUUCGAAGAAUUACGAAGGCCUGGUGAGUGGUGAACUAACUAGGGGUUUUAGUGCUUUAGCGAUGUUGUAGUAAGCAUUCUAGGGCUGUAGACGUUGUAGUAGGUAUCUUGAGUGUUGUAGUAGGUAUUCUUGGGUUGUAGAUGUUGUAGUAAGCAUUCUAGGGCUGUAGAUGUUGUAGUAGGUAUUCUGGAGCUCUAGAUGUUGUAGUAUGCAUUCUAGAGCUCUAGAUGUUGUAGGAGGUCUUCUAGGGCUGUAGAUGUUGUAGUAUGCAUUCUAGGGCUAUAGAUGAUGUAGAAGGUAUUCUAAGGCUGUAGCUUGAAUUUUAGAAGCGUAGGGUAGUACAGGGUAGUUAGUAUAAGGUAGAGAAAAGCCGGUAAAAUCAAUUUUUUAACCCUAAAUUUUAAGAACCCCCUAAAUUUUUUUACUAAAAGUUUCAAAAUUUACCCCGCUCAUUACCCAAACCCUCCAAAAUCCGGCCUAUUUUUAACUUUUUUGGACUAAUUAUCCAAGAAACAUCUUCCUUCUUAACCAAAUAAUUCUAUUCGCCCAUCUGCAAAAGCAUUUCACUUCUUUUUCGAACCGAAAUUUCAUGCCCUAGGCGAUAGGAAGCUUGUUGCGGAAUGCCAAAGUUUUGGAGAUAGCUUGUUGCGGAAUGCCAACGUUUAGAGUAUUGAUUGUUGCGGAAUGCCAAGGUUUAGAACAGCUUGUUGCAGAAUGCCAAAGUUUAGGGAAAUAGCUUGUUGCCGAAUGCCAGUGUUCAGGACAUUACUUGUUGCGGAAUGCCAAACUUAAACCUUAUAAAAAGGGCAAUUAUAGAAUUUAAAAUUUUCGAAAUUUAGAUGUCUGAUAAAAAAUUUAUUAUCAAUAAUUUAAUAAAAGAUUUUUUAAAACUUUUUUAAUUUACAGUAAUAGUUAAAACCCCCUUCCCCAAAAUCCCUUCGCGCAACCUGCGCAAUUAGAGGCGCAGGGAAGAUCCGAAAACAUGCAAUGUUUUCGGAUCUUUUCGAUGUUUAAAUCCGUGAAUUUCCACUUCGAAAUUUGAGGAAAUGAAAGAAAUUCGCAGGAAAUUUUUUCAAAUUUUCUCGGAACAGAGCAAAAUUUUUCUCAUUUUUCGUACUUUUCAAGCCGAAACUUUCGCUUCUUGAUGUCUAGACGUUGGUCCGAGCCCAUAAAACCCACGGAUGGCGGGCAAAAAAAAUUUACUAGCUCCUAUAGGCGAGUGAGUUGUUGUUCCAUCAAUGAAUAUUAACAAGUGUUCAAAUAUUAAUCCAUAGUUAUUACGACUUAACCAUAUUCACCUGGAUUUACGCAAAAUUCUAACAUUUUUCAUUAAAAGUGAUGUUAUUCAUGAUAAUCUGAUAUUAAUCUUGAUUUUCUUUCAGAUGCCAGAGUUCCUACUGCAACGGCCGACGAAAAUAGUGACGGUUGUUGACCAGAGGACGAAUGACAAGUAUAUCCAGUUGAAUCAGUACAGGUUAAUGGAGGAAAUUGGUCAAGGAAGUUACGGCAUCGUCAAGUUGGCUUAUAAUCAAGAAGAUCAUAAUUUAUAUGUGAGUUUUUGAUCUAUUUUUGUUGGUUUUUAGGUUUAUAGUUGACGAAGGGCUGUGCCUUGAUUUGAAGGAGAAGAACCAGUUGUUUUUGAUCUUUGGAACAUUAGUUAUACUUGAUUUUGUAGGUAACGGUUAGCUAAAUCAAACUUUUCGAAAAUUGGGUAAUAUUUGAUAUUUUUAGGCGAUGAAAGUGUUGGAUAAAGCAAAGUUAUUGAAGAAUUUUGCUUGUUUUCGUAAGUUUCAUUAAUAUCUUUUUGAUUUUUAUGGUUUUUUCUACCGAAAUAUAUUAUGAUAGACAAAAGUUGACGUUGUGAUCGAAAAUUACUAAAUUUUACUGAUUUCCAAGUGAAUUAAACUAUGUUUCUAUAUAAAAUGGAUAAUAUACUAUCUUUUAAUGUUUUAAAAUUUAUUUUCAAUGUUUUAGGACCACCACCAGCACGAAAAAAUCGAGCGACGUCAGCAGUACAUCGAGAUCCAUUGAUAUUGAUAAACAAAGAGAUUGCUAUUCUCAAGAAACUUCGGCAUCCGAAUAUAGUAACAUUAGUAGAAGUAGUAGAUGAUCCUAGCGACAAAUAUUUGUACAUGGUAUUUGAAUAUGUGGAGAGGAGGACGUUGCUAGAGCUUCCGACGGAACAUCCUUUAGAUGAAGAGACGGCUUGGAAGUAUUUUAGGGACACUGUCAAAGGUCUGGAGUAUUGUAAGUUUAUUUUUACAGUUUAGAAGAGUAUUGGAUAUGAUUUUAGACAAGAUUUGAUAAGAUUUUCAUUUAUUUUCCAACAGAAAUCGUCAUUAAUAUUACACUACUCACUAACCAGAUAUUAUCCUUGAUUUUUUGGUGUUUUUCCUUUAAUUUUUAAUUAAUUACGACUUGGUACUUUUAGUACACUAUCAGAAGAUUGUUCAUCGUGAUAUAAAACCUCAGAACUUGUUGUUAUCCGAAGCGAAUCAAGUGAAAAUAGCUGAUUUUGGUGUUUCAUGUGAAUUUGAAGGAAUUGACGCAUUUCUAAGUGGUACCGCUGGUACGCCAGCUUUUAUGGCACCAGAAGCACUCAUUGGUAUGUUAUUUAUCUGUUUGUUUUUGUUUUAGGUAUUUAAAAUGGACAUCGAUCGACUUUCUUUAAGUUUUUCGAUGUUGUAGUAGGUAGUGAUGGUCAAAUUUGAUUUUUUGAAAGUUUUGUGUAACUUGAGGGUGUAUGUGAAGUAAAUAUUGUAAAGUAAUUACAGAGGACUCUUCCCAGUUCUAUUCCGGUCGAGCGCAGGAUAUCUGGUCGCUAGGUAUCACGUUAUACGCGCUGGUUUAUGGUAACACGCCUUUCGUCGAUGGAUACAUCUUGGCACUGCAUAAAAAGAUUAAGAAUGAACCAUUAGUAUUUCUAGAAACGUAUGUUGGCAUUUUUUAUUACCUUUUGGAAUUUAGAGUUAAUUUUGCGUUUUUAACUUCAAAAUACAAAAUUUUUGUCGGACGCAGUUAGCGAUCUUUGUUUCGCAGGCUGCAGGGUGUCUAUGUAAUAAUAUGAUUGUUUUUCAGGCCAGAGAUUACCCAGCCAAUGAAGGAUUUGAUUUCAAGAAUGUUAAAGAAGGAUCCUGGAUUGAGAGCCAAUUUGAACGAGAUCAAGGUUAGUUUUUUAUAUUGUAGUAGGUAUUAAAGUCAGAAAUAAUGCGUUAAAAAGGUCAAAAUUAGUCAGAUUAUGAUUGGAAAUGAUGUAAAAUUUGUAGUUCUAUAUUUUUGAUAUUCAAAUUAUGUUGUUCUACUUCUUUUUCCUCUUCAGAACCACCCAUGGGUGACCAAAAACGGCCUCUGGCCAAUGCCAUCGGAAGAAGAGAACUGCAGUUUGGUCAGUAUCACAGAAGAGGACGUACAGAAUGCAGUACGAAUUAUUCCACGUCUCGAUACCUUGAUCUUGGUCAAAGCUAUGGGUCACCGGAAACGAUUUGGCAAUCCAUAUAGGAAUAGUUCAGCAUCAACAACAUCACUACGGUUAAGGAGGAUAUCGUCGUCGGUUAGAGAUCAGUCUUAUAAUAAUGACAAUUCUGAUGUCGAAAUGACGGAUGUGAACGAUCAAGUCGAUUUGAAGUGAGUUUUUUUGUGUUUUGGUCGAUAAGUUUGUGGAAGGGUAAGAUAGGAUAGUGCAGGAUGGGUUACUGUAUGAUAGGGUAAGUUAGGGUAAAUUGGGUACUGGAAUUGAGGUAGGAUAAAAUAGGGUAUGGUGGGCCCAGUAUGAUUAUGUAUGUUAAGGUAGAGGGAGGCAAGGCAGGGUACAUUAGGUUGAGAUAGGAUAGGGUACUGACAGAUUACUAUAUGAUAGGGUAAGUUACGGUAGGGUAGGGCAAUAAAUUUAAUGUGGGAUGAGUUACUGUAUGAUAGGUUAAGUUACAGUUGGGUAUUGCAAGACGGGGCGGGGCGGACCUGGUAGGUCUACUGUAGAGAGAGGUGCUUUAUUGUAGAGUAGGAUAGGGUAGGUUUUUUUGUAUUUUAGGGAAAGACAAGGUACUUUAAAAUAGAAUAAGGUGGGGUACGGGAUGGUAAGACAGGAUAGAGUACUGUAGGGCAUGAUAAGAUACUUUAAGGUAGAACAGGGUACUGCAAGGCAGAGUACAGUAUUGUAGAAUAGGGUAAGGUUAAGUAAGGUACCGUAGGUUACGAUAGGUAAGUGUAGGCUACGGUAAGGCGGUGUGUAGUAAGGUAGAAUUAGAAGUUCGACUUCAAUCUUGAAACAUGGCCUACAUUUAAAUUUUUAGCUUAUUUGAAGAUUUGAACUCAAAAAAAUUAAAUUUCAAACUUUUCAGUCCGGACCGUCCCUCUUCGAACCAAGAAAACGAUGUGGCUGACCAAAUGGAUACGAUUCGUAUCAGCUCGCCGUUAAACCAGCAGUAA